CAUAUGGUCUGAUAUAUGUAUUUGUUAUUGCUUGUGCAUUUCGUUUCCCGCAUAGUGAAUUUACUUUCCUAUAAUAAAUAUUAAUGAAUGAAUAGAUACUCACGAUGGCACUUGUGGAUUACGGUAGUAGCUCAAGCUCAGAAAACGAGGAGACUGAGGAAAUAGGUCCAGCGCCGACUAUUCUCAAGAGACCGGCAUUACCCACAGCAGUUUCUUUGCUGGGCACCAAGAUACCAAGACAAGAAACGCAAGACGAGGAGGAGGAUGACACAGAUAACUCUGCUUUGCAUGGUGGUCGUAUAAGAAGCUUUAAGCACGAGCGAGGAAAUUGGGCAACCUUUGUUUAUGUGCCUGCAUUCGCCUCUGUCGAGCAGCUGGAGGACUUUCAAUCAGAGGUUAUAGAAAAACUAGAGCCACACGUUCAACUGCAGGCCAAUGAAUCCUUGCAUUUAAGUUUAAGCAAAACUGUAGUCUUACAAUAUCACCAAAUUGAUGAGUUUACAAGAUCGCUGCAACAGGCGCUCCAAAGUUGCACCGGAUUCAACAGUACACUGCAUAUGCUCCAAGUCUAUACAAAUGAGGAGAGGACACGCACCUUUCUAGCUGUUCAGUUGGAUGCUGCUUUUACGGCCAAAAUGUCGGUUCUUUUGCGACCUGUGGAUUUGGUAAUGCGUGACUAUCGCUUGCCACAAUUCUACGAGAAGCCGUCAUUUCAUGUCAGCUUGCUGUGGUGCGUGGGAGAUUAUCAGGAAUUGCUGACCAACAAAUUAAAGGAGCUACAGCAGCUGCUGGAGGAUCACGACACGCUUAAACUGCCCGUCAAUGAAGUGCAUUGCAAAUGCGGCAAUAAGGAUUUUAUUUAUAAGCUGAAAUAGUAAUGUGAACAUUGAAGUACGAGUAUUUGGAUCAAUUCA